CAGCAGCUGCUACUAGAGGUGGAGAAAGGGGAAGAAAAAGUCACCCUGCAGCCAGCCCAGCUCCUCGUACAUCCAUCAGCAACAGCCGUAGCCCGCGGCACCAUGGUGAAGAUCGUGACCGUCAAAACCAAACCCUACACCGACCAGAAGCCCGGCACCAGCGGCCUUCGAAAGCGGGUCAAGGUGUUCCAGGGCAAUGCCAACUACGCCGAAAAUUUCAUCCAGAGCAUUAUUUCCACGAUCGACCCUGACGAGAGGCAAGAGGCCACGUUGGUAGUGGGGGGAGACGGCAGAUUUUACAUGAAGGAGGCGAUCCAGCUGAUCCUCCGCAUCGCCGCCGCCAACGGGAUUGGCCGUUUAGUGAUUGGACAGAAUGGAAUUCUUUCUACCCCAGCGGUGUCCUGCAUUAUUAGAAAAAUAAAAGCAAUUGGUGGUAUCAUUUUGACAGCAAGCCACAACCCUGGUGGACCUAAUGGAGACUUUGGUAUUAAAUUCAAUAUUUCAAAUGGAGGGCCUGCUCCUGAAGGAAGUACUGAUAAAAUUUUCCAAAUUAGUAAGACUAUCGAAGAGUAUGCUAUAUGUCCAGACUUAAAUGUAGACCUCAGUACAAUUGGAAAGCAGCAGUUUGACUUGGAGAACAAGUUUAAACCAUUUGCAGUUGAAAUUGUGGAUUCGGUAGAAGCAUAUGCCAACAUGCUGAGGAAUAUUUUCGAUUUUAGUGCACUGAAAGAACUACUCUCGGGCCAAAACCAUCUGAAGAUUCGGAUAGAUGCUAUGCAUGGAGUUGUUGGCCCUUAUGUAAAAAAGAUCCUCUGUGAAGAACUUGGAGCACCAGCAAAUUCUGCUGUGAACUGCAUACCUCUUGAGGAUUUUGGUGGUCAUCAUCCUGAUCCAAACUUAACCUAUGCUGCUGAUCUGGUCCAGACUAUGAAGACAGGAGAGUAUGAUUUUGGAGCAGCCUUUGAUGGAGAUGGGGAUCGGAACAUGAUACUUGGAAAACAUGGAUUCUUUGUUAAUCCCUCAGACUCUGUAGCUGUUAUUGCUGCAAAUAUUUUCAGUAUUCCUUACUUUCAACAGACGGGUGUUCGAGGGUUUGCCCGAAGCAUGCCUACUAGUGGAGCAAUUGACAGGGUGGCCAAAGCUACAAAGAUUGCAUUGUAUGAAACUCCAACAGGUUGGAAGUUCUUUGGAAAUUUAAUGGAUGCAAACAAACUGUCUCUGUGCGGAGAGGAGAGUUUUGGUACUGGGUCUGACCAUAUCCGUGAAAAAGAUGGUCUCUGGGCUGUCUUGGCAUGGCUGUCAAUUAUAGCUGUCCGCAAACAGAGUGUGGAAGAAAUCCUGAAAGAUCACUGGCAAAAAUAUGGGCGGAACUUCUUCACAAGGUAUGACUAUGAAGAAGUGGAUGCUGAUAGUGCCAACAAGAUGAUGAAGGAUCUAGAGACACUAUUCUUUGACCGUUCCUUUGUAGGGAAGCAGCUAUCGGCAGGCGACAAAUCAUACACUGUGGAGAAAGCUGAUAAUUUUGAGUACAGUGAUCCUGUGGAUGGAAGCAUCUCAAGGAACCAGGGUUUGAGGCUGAUCUUUGCUGACGGUUCUCGCAUCAUCUUCAGGCUAAGUGGUACAGGGAGUGCUGGAGCAACUGUGCGACUGUAUAUUGAUAGCUAUGAAAAGGAUGCACCAAAAAUACAUGAAGAUCCCCAGGUCAUGUUGGCUCCCCUCAUCUCCAUUGCACUGAAACUUUCACAGCUUCAUGAGAGAACUGGCCGCACUGGCCCCACCGUCAUCACAUAAAUGUUAAACUUGAAGACAUUUGGAUAAACGUCGUGGAGUGACUGGCAGCUGUCAAUUGGAAUAAGCUAGUCUUCCUUCCUAGUGAGUUAUCAAAUUUAAUCCUAAAAAUGCUAACACUGUAUUCAAAAGCACUAUAAAGUGAUAAAAGGAUAGAUGUGGUAUUUUUUAAAAGUUUACACUAUGUAUAUGCUGAUAAUACACUGUCUUUUUAAUGUCAUCUGUUACCUCUGUAAUUUGUGCAUAGUACACAUAUGCUGCCUUUUGGUUUAGCAAGAAUUGUAAAAAGUGACUGUAUAGAAAGAACAAUGGGAGUAGACCCUGAAAUAAUGUUACCCCUCUCUGCUUGCAGAGUUCCUCUGAAUUGCCUCUGCACAAAGGGUUUUUUACCCCGGUUUUAUCAGCAAUGUGUAGGCUUCCUUUUAAGCUUUGUGCAACAAAAUGUACAAUCAUUGUGAACAGCUGACUGUCCCCAAUCGCCAUGGAAUGCCUCGUUUUAAAAAAAUCUAUCAAUUGUACUUUGUCCCAUGAUCUGCUGUACAAAGAUUUCACUGCCAACCCUGCACAGAAUUAAUACAAAUGUUAUAAGAUAUUAAAGAACAAAUGAAGCAG